UCUCUCCCUUGUUCUUUUUGUGUAACGACCAAAGCUUUUCUUCUCUUCUUCUCCGAAGAAGAGGGCUCUACAAGAACCCCAAGAGCUCCAAAACCCUGCAAUGGCGUUCGAUCCUUUAUUAUUCUGCGAAGAAGGAUUUGUGGAAGAUUUGGGAGACAAUGGUAGCAAGGAAGAGAGCAAGAACUGUGAUGGGUUUUCAAAAAAACAAUCAACUUUCCCUUUGAUUUUCCUGGAAAGUGAUAUGUUCUGGGAAAAUGGUGAACUUUCCUCUCUAAUCUCCAAAGAGGAACAAACCUAUGUGUGUUUCAGUGGAGAAAUCUCAAAUGGGUCUUUGAUGGCGGCUCGGAAAGAGGUGGUUGAAUGGAUUCUGAGUGUAAAGGCACACUAUGGCUUCUCCUCUUUGACCGCCAUUCUGGCUGUGAACUACUUUGAUAGGUUCAUUGCCAGUUGGCCGUUUCAGAGGGAUAAGCCGUGGAUGAGUCAGCUUGUUGCCGCCGCUUGCGCCUCGUUGGCUGCCAAAGUGGAGGAGACCCAUGUGCCCCUUCUCUUAGUUUUGCAAGUGGAGGAAACAAAGUAUGUUUUCGGAAUGGAGCUUUUGGUGCUAUCAACUCUCGGGUGGUGGAUGAAUCCAGUGACCCCAAAUUCAUACUUUGAUAACAGAAGAAUCUCUUUUGGACUAAAUUUGCUAACGGAGUACACUAUAAGGGUUUAA